AUGGCGGAGAAGCCUGUGGACCCGACGUGCCAUCCCGAGAGUUCCAGCUUCUCGUCCCGCACCGGCCUGCAGUUCCCCGUGGGCCGCGUGCACCGGCUGCUGCGCAAGGGCAACUACUCGGAGCGGGUGGGCGCCGGCGCCCCGGUCUACCUGGCGGCCGUGCUGGAGUACCUGACGGCCGAGAUCCUGGAGCUGGCGGGCAACGCGGCCCGCGACAACAAGAAGACCCGCAUCAUCCCGCGUCACCUGCCGCUGGCCAUCCGCAACGACGAGGAGCUCAACAAGCUGCUGGGCCGCGUCACCAUCGCGCAGGGCGGCGUCCUGCCCAACAUCCAGGCCGUGCUGCUGCCCAAGAAGAUGCCCAGCUGGGGACCUUCCCUUCCGGGCUCUGCCCAGAGCUCUGCGGGGUUUCAUGGACAGCAGAGGCUAACCGGACAGCCCCCUUGCCCUGUGUUUUGCAGUUUAAUGGAUGUGUUCUAA